GGCGGGGGAAGCGCGCCGUGGCUGAGAGGGAGACCCAAGCAGAGAGCCCAGAGCCGGGGACGUCUCCAGUCCUGGGCGCGCAGCCGCCUCCGCCUCCUCCUCGUCCUCCUCAGGCGACCGGGCUCCCGCUGUCAGUCGCGCCUCGGCGCGGGGGGAAACGAUGAGGCCGGCGUGGAGCAGCGGCGGCUGAGGCGCCUCCGAGUCCCGCCUGGCGCACGACGGGGAAGGCGCGUCGAGCAAAAGGCGGCCAAGUGGCCGAGCGCGCCCGGCUGCCCGUCGGCGCCCCCUGAGCCGGCGGAUGGGGCUGUGAGGCGGGGGAGCGCGCGGGCUCGGGGGGGCGCCCGGCGGGCAGGGCUGCGCGCGCGGCGGGCGAGUGCGCGGGGCGGCUGCGGCGAGUUGGCCGAGGUGCGGGCAUGGCGCUGAAGGAGAGCGGCGGCGCGGCGCCCAUCCUGCCCAUCAGCGACGUGGGGUCCGCGGCGGCCGAGGGGGGCGGCGGCGCCUCCUUCCCGGAGGUGGUGGAGCUGAACGUGGGCGGCCAGGUGUACGUGACCAGGCACUCGACGCUGCUCAGCGUGCCGGACAGCGCCUUGGCGCGCAUGUUCGCGCCCCGUCGCGGCGGCGGCGGCAACGGCGGCGGCCCCCCGCGGGACCUGCCGCGGGACAGCCGGGCGCGCUUCUUCAUCGACCGCGACGGCUUCCUCUUCAGGUACGUGCUGGAUUACCUGCGCGACAAGCAGCUGGCGCUGCCCGACCACUUCCCGGAGAAGGAGCGCCUGCUGCGCGAGGCCGAGUUCUUCCAGCUGGCCGACCUGGCCAAGCUGCUCUCGCCCCGGCUGCACAAGCAGGGCUCGCUCAACGACGAGGGCUGCCAGAGCGACCUGGAGGAUGCCAACUCGCCGGGAGGCGGCGGCGGGGGCGCCGAUCUCCUCCCGCUCCCCCCGGGCGCCGGCGACAGGCGCGCCGGCUUCCUCACCGUGGGCUACCGCGGCUCCUACACCAACGCGCGGGACAGCCAGGCCGACGCCAAGUUCCGCCGCGUGCCCCGCAUCAUGGUGUGCGGCCGGAUCGCCCUGGCCAAGGAGAUCUUCGGCGAGGCGCUCAACGAGAGCCGCGACCCGGACCGCCCGCCGGAGAAGUACACCUGCCGCUUCUACCUGAAGUUCACUCACCUGGAGCAGGCCUUUGACCGCCUCUCCGAAGCCGGCUUCCACAUGGUCGCCUGCAACUCCACCGGCACCGCCGCCUUCGUCAACCAGUACCACGACGACAAGAUCUGGAGCAGCUACACCGAGUACAUCUUCUACAGACCACCUCAGAGAACAGCCUCUCCCAAGCAAGAACACAAAGACAGGAAGCACGACAAGAUCACAGACAAAGGAAGCGAGAGUGGAACUUCCUGUAACGAGUUGUCCACCUCAAGUUGCGACAGCCACUCAGAGCCGAGCACGCCCCAGGAAAAUGCAGCAACCACCCAGCCCACCACGGGACACCAGCCAAAUACUCUGACUUUGGAUCGGCCCUCCAAGAAAGCCCCUGUGCAGUGGAUGCCACCGCCAGACAAGCGCAGGAACAGUGAACUUUUUCAGACUCUCAUUAGCAAGUCCAGAGAAACAAACCUUUCCAAAAAGAGGGUGUGUGAGAAGCUGAGUGCCGAAGAAGAGAUGCAGAAAUGCAUUCAGGACUUCAAAAAUAUCCAUAUUCCGGAUUAUUUCCCUGAGCGCAAACGCCCUUGGCAGUCUGAACUGUUACAGAAAUACGGGCUAUAGUCUUUUCAAUAUUUCUUGACAUAUCAAUGGUGCAUUUAGUGUUUAUUAAGUUGCCACUUUAUUACUGAUGUACUUCUUCUUUCCAGUCUGCUCUGAGGUAAACAAGUCAUUCUCUGAGUCGUUUUGUUCUUUAUGUGAACAUUGGGUGUCAGAUGGGUUGAUUUCUUUCCGUUUAUUUUAAAAAUUGGAAAUAAUGAAAUGAAAGCAUUACAGACCACUUUAUAAUAGUUGAAAAUUUGCAUGACCGAGACAUUUUUCAGCUUUCAACCCUCCCAUUCAUGAAACAAAUAUAUCCAUCAGGUCAUUUGUCGUUCUUUGUCCACAAUAGUGGUGAUGCAAAAUACCAGCGGAUGAAGAAGAAUGGAGCUAGUGAUGAAGGAAUUAAAUCCAAACACUUUUUAAAACAUUGAUGCAAUGAAGCAAAUGGUCUGUUUUGCAUGAACACUACAGUGACAACUGAACCACACAAGAAAUAAAAAAAGGUUUGUCUGCUGCUUUGGAUAAAUAUUUUUGUUCAGUACCGAGGCUCUAAAUGUACAAUGUGUUUGGAACUGAGCUUUGUGAGGAUUUGUGUGUGCCUUUGUGUUAUUUUGUAAGGAUGGUGUAAAUAUGCCCUUAUGCUAUUUUAUGGCUGCACCAACACUCAACUGCUAAUGUUCAUCAGAACUGUUUCUGUGAACUGCAAAACUAUCAGCUGCUUCUGAAAACUGGUUUGAUAGUCUGAAAAUUUAUGUUUUCAUGUUAGUCAACAAAGUUGGUGGAGGAAGACUGGAAAAGCAAAAUAUUUGUUAAAAGGAGCCUGCCGUUAGAUUUCUUGGUAAACGGCUCUUCUGUUUUUAGUCUGUCUGAGUCGUCAAGUGAGUUUUUAAGAAGAAUUUUUGCAGUGUUUUUGCUUCUGUCUCAUUAUCACAUCACAAACAACAUGUUUCAGCAGAAAAAUGAAUAACGUUUUGAGGGUAUGUGAGUUUUAAUUAAUGUGUUCAAUAGAGAUUCAGCAUGAUUGAAAAGAACAGCAUUAUUGAUUACUGCUCAGUAUGAUAGUGAUAAAAUCUCAGACAAGAUUGCACAAAGAGCAUUUUAGUUGACAAAGAAGACGAAUACUUCUGACAACUGUUGGGAAAUUACUGUUAAAAUGUCAGAUUGAGGAUGUCAUUAACAAGACAAAUCAGACAAAAACUGUUUUUCCAGUGUAAAAAAAAAAGAAUAUUUAUCCAUAAUGUCAUAAAAAUAAUCUGGUAAAAACAA